CAAAUUUGUGUAGUGAAUGAGUUGGUGACCCGGCGGGAAAGAGAUAUACAGACGGCGAUUGGUCACUGAGCGCAACCGUAAACCGCCGCUGCUGUAUGCUCUUCCGUAGAACUCUGGUCGUGAUUUCGAAGGAUUAGAUCGCAGGAAUAGGGUUUCCGUGGAAUGGCGCCCCUAAAAUGUCAGGUUUGUAAAGAAUCAAAGUCCAAAUACAAGUGCCCUAACUGCGUCGCGCCAUAGUAAGCUGCAACCUGAACUAGAAACCCCUUUCUUUCUCUUACUUUUGUUAUUCGUCCUCUUUUCUCAACCUCAUUCAACUUCCGUUUUGCUUGCAGUUGCUCUCUGGGCUGCUUCAAGAAACACAAAGGUUCCGACUUUUUCUUUAUUUUCCCUCGUCUCUCUGUGUGUCAAUUCUUUGGUUCUGUAUACCGAUUGAACGGCAGGGCAGUUGUUGUACCAAUUGACUGUGUCAUCUGAAUGUCGAUUAAAGCAGAAAUACCUUGUUCAAAGCCGGCAGCGGAGGGUCCUUUGGCUAAGCCUGCAUCCGCCCAGAACGAGACACCAGUUCCUGCUGGUGAAGUGCAAUGGCAUGCAGAGCGUCCGUUAACUAUUGAUGAUCCUACCAUGGUGCUAGAGACAUCUCAGCUGGAGUCUCUAGCUUUUUCGAGUGAAAUCUGUGAUGCUUUGAAGGAUGACAACUUGCAGAAGCUGAUCCUUAGCGUUGACUCUUCUCCAGAUCCAGAAAGCGAACUUGCGAAAGCCAUGGAGACAGAUGCAUUUCGAAUCUUUGCUGAUAAGAUUUUGUCCAUCGUAGGUCCAUUGCCGUGAUCACUUGUGAACCUCCGUUCAACUAGAUUGGAAGCCUGAAUUGAGGCAACAUGCUCCCCAGUGGAGUUAUGGAUGAGCAGAAAUACAGUCGGCUGUGCAGCAGAAGAUGGACCAUCUUAACUUUGAUGGCUUGAGCUACAUCUCCCUGGCUCACGAAUAAUAUCCAACGGGAUUUUAUGGCAUAUUGUUUUCUCAAUGUGUUCUACCAUCUAAAUAUAUGUCAUUGUCAUAUGCACUCGUUAAAAAUGUUUCACUGUAGUAAAGUCAUCUGUUCACAUCUUGCCUUAGCAUAGGUGUAGCAAAUUUUCAAGACUGCAAUCGUUUAUUUGGGGUUAAAUCGUCAAUUAUUAGCAAUAAGCUGAUUAAAUUUUUUCUAGGUCGUUGAUCGUGUAAUUUCCAAAAUACACUUGUAUAGCCAAUACUUUCAUGUUUGUGCCAAUAACAGUCAAAUUUGGAGAAAUACAACUUAUAGUCAGAUUUUCUAGUUGUUGUAUGACAAAUGUAACCAUUUCUGUUACUUAAUCGUCAACUUUUUUGACGGUUCGUUGGCUAGACUCCCACUUAGCCCACACGUCAGCACCAACUCAUCCUCAUGUGAAAUGUAGAUGCCACGUCAUAAUUUACUUUUUUCCCCUUUUAUACCCCACUUUGAGUUUGGUUGAGAUGCUUCUUCUUCCCUUCCGCAAUUUCAUUCUAGGGUUCCGUCCUCCACUCCUUCAAUUUCUUCUCCUCGAACAGCUGCCACCGUCCACCGCAAUGUAGUCACAAUCGCGCUUUUGACUACAUUGGUCCACCGCAUUGGAUCUCCACCUCCAUCAUUCCAUGGCGGAUGGCAGUGGCGGAGCCAAGUUGAGCCCAGGGUGGGCUAUAGCCCCCCCUCCCCCUUCCCCCCUCUCUCCCUCAACUUUCAUAAAUAGGUAAAUGUACAUGGAAAAUGUGUAACAAAUUCUAAAAAUAGACUAGUUGGUAAGCCACUAGCCCCCCUCACCAAUGAUCAUGGUUCAAAACCACCCAUGUGUAUAUCUUUUAGCCCCCCGCGCGUUCAAAUUUCUGGCUCCGCAACUAGCGGAUGGGUCUCGAAUUUGGAUCAGCUCUUAGUGAAACUUGAGUCACCAACCCUAGUGGUGUCGUCGUCGGCAGAGAAGGAGCCUGCGGUGGUGCGCCGAAGGGAAACUCGAAAGGGGAGUGCGGCAGAGGCCAUGGGGAAAGUUUGCGGCGAAGAUCCGUGACCCAGGAAAAAUGGGGUUUAGGUCUGGUUGGGUACCUUCGGGCCAUCUUCACCCUUUUUCUCCUUCUUCAUCCACCAUCGAUCUCUCCUCGUCCUCUCCUUCAUCUCUACGCCUCACACCACCCCCUCCAUGGCGAAGGCAAAAGACGGUCAUAUCUAAUUAGAUUCAAAGCCGAACCUCGUCCUAAUUUCCACUAGGCUUCUCCACCGUCGCCACCGCCGCAACAUCCUCCCCGCUUCUGAGAUGGGUGACAAAUCACCAACGAGAGCUGAGAUACACCGCCGAAGUUGGAGUUUCGAUGUCGCUGGUCCUUACUCGUCGAAUAAACUAAGAUCUUGUCACGAUUAUAGUGUCUGAUUCCGCUCUGAUUUAUUUGGUUGUGGAGUCGGCACGAUUAUUCAAUUUGGGGGGUGGGGAGAUGGAGAUGAAUAGGAGAGCUGGGUUGGGGGUUCUUCUUCGUCGAUUGAAAGAGAAGCAAUCGAAGGUGGAUAGGAUGUAACCGAAGGGAAGGGGAUGCAAUUACCGUUCCUAUGUUUUUUUGUAUUUCGAAUUUUUUAAAGUUAAAUCCACGUGGCAAUGUUAUUGACAAAACGUUGCCAUGUCACCGUUUCUGUUAGUCCAUUCAGCAUGUUAGAUAACACCGUUAAAAAAUUGGACGAA